UCAACGAGCACCCUCCCCACUCGGCCCGCAGCCGGGCACGCCCUCAGCUCACGUCUGGGCCUGCCUAGUGUCCGCCCCGCCCUUCUUCCACUGGACGCUCCGAAGCCAGCCCUGGUGUCUGUACUCCGAGCCGCUCACUGUCACGUUCUUUGGCCGCCCGGAAGCCUCCCAGCCUGCCUGCUCGGAGGGCGUGCAUGGCGGCUGUGGGACCGCGGACCGGCCCGGGUGCCGGGGCCGAGGCGCUCGCGCUGGCAGCAGAGCUGCAGGGCGAGGCGACGUGCUCCAUCUGCUUGGAGCUCUUCCGCGAGCCGGUGUCCGUCGAGUGCGGCCACAGCUUCUGCCGCGCCUGCAUCGCGCGCUGCUGGGAGCGUCCAGGUGCCGGGGCUACCGCGGCGUCCGGCGGACUGCCUUGCCCACUGCCCUGCCCACAGUGCCGCGAACCCGCGCGCCCCAGUCAACUGCGGCCCAACCGGCAGUUGGCGGCGGUGGCCACACUGCUGCGGCGCUUCAGCCUACCCGCGGCCGUCUCAGGGGAGCUCGGGUCCCCGGCGGCCGCGGCCCGCUCCGCGCCUGCCCGGUGCGCACAGCACAGCGAACCGCUCAAGCUCUAUUGCCAGGAUGACGGGCGCGCCAUUUGCGUGGUAUGUGACCGCGCCCGCGAGCACCGUGCGCACGCAGUGCUGCCCCUGGACGAGGCCGUGCAGGAGGCGAAGGAGCUCUUGGAGUCCAGGCUCAGGAUUUUGAGGAAGGAACUGGAAGACUAUGAGGUGUUCCGGUCCACGGAAGAGAAGGAGAGCAAGGAGCUCCUGAAGCAGAUGGCCACAGAGCAGGAGAAAGUGGGGGCGGAGUUCCAGGCACUGCGGGCCUUCCUCGUGGAGCAGGAGGGACGGCUUCUGGGCCGCCUGGAGGAGUUGUCCCGGGAAGUGACACAGAAGCAGAAUGAGAACCUGGCCCAGCUAGGGGGUGAGAUCACCCAGCUCUCCAAACUCUGCAGCCAGAUCCAGGAGACAGCCCAAAAGCCUGACCUAGACUUCCUCCAGGAAUUCAAAAGCUCACUAAGCAGGUGCAGCAAUGUGCCUGGUCCCAAGCCAACCACAGUGUCUUCUGAGAUGAAGAGUAAAGUCUGGAAUGUUUCCCUUAAGACUUUUGUUUUAAAAGGGCUGUUGAAGAAGUUCAAAGAGGAUCUUCAGGGAGAGCUGGAGAAAGAGGAGAAAGUGGAACUCACCUUGGACCCAGACACAGCCAACCCACGCCUCAUUCUUUCUCUGGAUCUUAAAAGUGUGCGCCUCGGCCUGCGGGCCCAGGACCUGUCCAGUCACCCGCACCGCUUUGAUACCAACACCCGAGUCUUGGCGUCCUGUGGAUUCUCUUCGGGCCGGCAUCACUGGGAGGUGGAAGUGGGCUCCAAGGAUGGCUGGGCCUUCGGUGUGGCCCGUGAGAGUGUGCGCCGCAAGGGCCUCACGCCCUUCACACCUGAGGAGGGUGUCUGGGCACUGCAGCUCAAUGGUGGCCAGUACUGGGCUGUGACCAGUCCCGAGAGAACACCCCUCAGCUGUGGACACCUGUCACGUGUGCGGGUGGCCCUGGACUUGGAGGUGGGAGCCGUGUCCUUCUAUGCUGUGGAGGAUAUGCGCCACCUCUAUACCUUCCGUGUCAACUUCCAGGAGCGCGUGUUCCCACUUUUCUCUGUCUGUUCCACUGGCACCUACUUGCGAAUCUGGCCUUGAGGAGCACUAUGUGGAAAGAGCCUCCUCUCCUGUCUGCCUGGGAAGGAAUGGGUCUAUCUUCCACUCUCCUACCCUAGACUGCUCAAGAGUGGUUGCUACAGACACAACCCCAGAGGCAUGAGAGUGAAUAACUGUGGUCAAUAGAGCAGGGGAAAGAAGGCAUUGGAUUGUUGGGCCUGUCCCAUCCCUGUGGACAGAUGGAUUUGGCCAGAGCACUGAGGAAGUGGAGGUGGCUGAGGACAGGACCUCAGCUCUUGACAGGGAGGCUUCUUAUCAGAGAGCCUUGCUACCCUGACUCAGGAGGUCUCUGGUUCCAUGGAACAAUGAAUGUCAAACUGGUCCUGUGCUGGCCUCAGUUCCAAGGGGACAGGUUUGGGCAUGGCCAGCCAGGCUCAGUGUCACUUCUGUUUUGCCUUCUUAAUAGCUGCCAGCUCUACUUUAUGAGGUCAUGGGACCUCUGGAUCCAGCUGAGCUGACAGAGUUGUCUAUCAGGGAGGAGCACCAUGCUCCUAGCUUGGAAGAGUCUGGGCCAGAACUGGAAGGAGUCCUGCCCAUAUGAAAGGGAGAAGCUCAGGACAGCAAUACAGUGGCCUUACCAGUCCCCAACAUCCCAUAGCCUAUUGACACAGAAUGCCGUGUGCAACCUGACCCCAGUGACACAUGUUCUCACAGAUACUAGCCCCCCUUUCCCAGUGCCAAAGUACACAGCUGCCCUUAAGAUUAAAGGGAACUUCAAAACCAAA